AUGACCCUGCGGCGGCGGCGGCGGCGGCGGCUCCGGCCGAAGGACGAUGCGGCACCGGCGGUGGCCCCGGAGAGCCCCGGGCCCGCCGAGCUGUACCGAGCGCUGGCGGCGGCCGGCGGGACCCUGCCCCGCGUGCGCAAGGACACAGGGUUCAAGUGGGCGUCCCCGAGCCAGUCCCCGGAGGAGCACAGGAGGGUGGUGAUGCUGGAGAAGAAGGCAGAGGAGUCCUUCGGCUUCGAGAUCCAGACCUACGGGCUGCACCACCAGGACAGCAACAGCGUGGAGAUGUUCACCUUCGUGUGCCGCGUGCACGACGGGAGCCCGGCCGAGGCCGCGGGGCUCAAGGCUGGGGACACCAUCACGGGCGUGAACGGGCUGAACGUGGAGGGCAUCCGGCAUCGGGAGAUCGUGGAGAUCAUCAAGAGCUCGGGCAAUGUUCUCCGGCUCGACACGCUCUACGGCACGUCCAUCCGGAGGGCCGAGCUGGAGGCCCGGCUGCAGUACCUGAAGCAAACCCUCUACGAGAAGUGGGGGGAGUUCCGCUCGCUGAUGGUGCAGGAGCAGCGGCUGGUGCGGGGUGUGGUGGCCAAGGACCCCAGCAUCUACGACACGCUGGAGUCCAUCCGCUGGUGCCUGCAGGGGGAGGGACUGCCGGGGGGCUCCUCCCGUGCCAGCGGCAGCGAUGACUCUCUGUACCAGACCUGCGUCUUCGCCUCUUCCAGCUCCCUGGACGGGGACAAGGAUGGCGACAAGGACAAGGACGAGGGCAGCGGCGGUCCCGCGCCCCCCCCACCGCGCCCCCGACCUGCCCUGGCCCGCAGCGCCAGCCUCAAGUGUGCGGGGGGGCCGGGGGCUGCGGGGCGGCUUUGGGCCCGGGCCGGGGACCCUGGGGACGGGGCAGCCGCCCCCCGCAAGAGCCGACACAGCAGCUUCCGCCGGCGGCUGCUCAAGUUCAUCCCGGGUCUCAACCGGGCGCUGGAGGAGGAGGAGAGUCACCUCUAAGCCGCCCCAGGACUAUUUAUUUAUUUAUUGCAAAGGGGCUUCAUUCCCCCGGCCCCCAUCCCUGGGGGCUGCAGGAAGGAGGUUUGGGUUGGCCCCAGG